AUGCAAGACGCAUGUCCACUAGAAAAUAAAUUGAUUUCAUUUGACAAUGUUAAGAACAAAAAGGCCAUAAUUAAACAUUUGAAAAAAUGUCCCCUAUUUUUAAAAUUCUUAUAUUUGCAUUACAACCCAUUUUGCUUCCCAUACAUAAAUAACACGAGUAGCUACCUAAUAGAGAAGGAUAAUAUAAAAGAUGAACUACACAGGUACUAUAAAAAUUUUAAUGAAAUAUUAAUUGAUAUAUUAAAAAACAAAAUAAGGUUAACAACAUAUGAACAAUUUGAAACACUCAAAUAUGAAGUAGUUCUAAAACAAUAUUUGAAAAAUGGAAUGAAGAAUUUAUUGAUCAAAUUGAACGACGACAAUUUUGUGAAAAAAUUGCAGACAAAGGUUACACCACCUUAUGAGGAAAAUGCAGAAAGAAAUAUAAAUUUAGAUGAAGUUAAUAAUUUCUUAAAUUGUCAUAUAGACAUUGUAAAAAAGUGGAUACAUAACUUAAGGACAAGUCGCUAUUGUGAAAAUGCAAAGAAUAACUUAUGCAGUAAAUAUGUGGACAAGUUAACCUCGAACAUAGAUUCUGCAUUUCCAACAGGAGAGAAUGAGAAUGAGAAUGCAGAUGAGGUUGAGAAUCGGGAAAACAACUCAACUCAGAAAUGCCCGCUACCCAUUUUGACUCUUCAAAGCAUUCGCGAAAUUCACAAAUACAGAAUUUGCAGGGAGAUCCUAAACUUUAUAGAUACGGAAAUAUUUCCUAUAAGAAGAAUAGAAGAGGAAGAUGAAGUGGAGAUGCACAUGGGCGUGGAAGAGAAUAACAACAGAACGGUGGAAAACAUCCAAGAAGGUGAAUAUAUUGAGAAGGAAUUUUUGGUCAAAGAUGAAAUUUUAAGCAUCGUAAUUUAUACAACUAUAUACUUAUGCUGUAAAAUGAACAUUAUAAAAAGAUUAAAAAAUAAAAAUUUUCAUUUUAAAAAAAAUCUGAACAGUUCAGGCGAAAAGUCUAUAUUUUUCUUUCUGGAAAAUCUCAAUAAACAUGAUAUACAAAAUGUAAAUAUUAUGUUUUUCCUACUGCAUUUUAACGACAACUUUGUUAAAUAUUUUGAACACAUCUUUAAUUGCAGAAAAGGAGAACAAGGAGAAUUUUCUAUGAAAGACAAUUUAUUUAUUGAGUUAGGAGCGGGAAAAGGUAAUACGACACGAUGGGUCAAGUUUAUUAUGAACGAUUUUGUCGAAAUAUUGAAAAAAUUUUUGCAACGUACACAAGGGGGAAACGGACGAAGGAGUUAUAACCUUGAUGAAAAAGCAAAAACAGAAAUCACAGAAUUAGUGCGAAGUUGUAAAAUAGAGAAGAGAGAAUUUCAUCAAACAAAUUGUCUUGAUAUGAAAAGAGCUCAAAGUCAUGCACAAAAAGAAAGGUGCAAAAUAGUAAUCUUAGAAAGAGAAGCAUUAAGGAAUAAAAAAGAAAAAAAAAAUUUUUUUAUGCAAAUGUCACAAGAAAAAAAUGAAAAUAUAAUAAGAAUAAAGGCAGAUAUUGCCCACUUUCAUUUUUUCAAAUUUAUGCAUUUCUCAAAAAAUGGAUUUGUAACAGAAAAACCCUCGUCCACCCUAAUUCCUGAUAUCAUUCAGUUUUACUACUACAUGGAUGUCUAUCGAAAGAAGGUGCGUCCCGAAGGGCAUAAGAAUUCUCGUCAGGAUGCAACUGAUGAGGUGAAAACUGAUGAGGUGCAGAACACUUUCAGAGAUGAGGAAGGAUGUGCUGUUACCAACCAAGAGGAUUGCUCAGAGCACAUGGAGAAGCAGUUGCAGUUCCAGAAAAACCAACUAGAGGAGAUUUCGAAGCAAGGAAUUGUCAGAAUAAUGGAAACGUACUUGCAAAACAAUCUAGCCAUUCUGGGCACCUACUUCGACGUGCAUGUAAACAAAUUGAUCUCCUUCUUGACCCAGGGAAAUAACAACCUAUUAAAGUUUUACGACAGCAUGAAUGAUUUUCUAAAAAACUUUAACUGCAAAAAAGUGACCUUUUUAACGAAACAUUUGUGUGGAAACGGCACAGACCUAGCACUUCAGAUGUUCAUAAAUAAUACCAAGAAUAAGAAUAUGGAGAAUUGCUUUAUUUUCGCUCCAUGUUGUCAUCACAAAUGUAAGGUACAAAAAAUUUUAGGUUUCAACCGUUUAAAGAAUUUAAACAUCGACAAGAGGUACCUUCAGUAUGUUGUCAGUCAUAUGUCUGGUUAUGCAUCCUGUGAUAGCCCAAUUAAAAAAUCCCUUGGAAAGAAAGUUAAAAUAUUGGUUGACCUUGUCAGAAUCCUCUACCUGCUGGAUCAAGGCCUACAAAAUGUUUACCUUGUAAAAUAUGUUAACCGAAGCAUAACGAUAGAAAACCACGUCCUAUUAUUUUUCAACAAUCAAAAUUUAGACUUACAAAAUUUUAAGCACUUUUAA